AUGUCAUACUCCACCUGGCAGAUGGCUACCAUCAUGAGUCUCCUUUCCAUGCUUAUAAUCAUUCCUUUCCUUGCCUCUGCCAAUAGCUCCCUAAAUUUUGAUCCCUUUGGCAACCGUUACAGAGUUCAUGUGAUCAAUGGCUUCAGCAGCAACGACCAGCCGAUGUUCAUUCACUGUUGGUCCAGGAAUGACGAUCUUGGGAACCACACCCUCUAUAUUGGUGGAGACUUCAACUUCGGGUUCCGCCUCAGGAUUAUACCUCCCCCGACCCAUUUCUACUGUGACUUCAAACGGGGUGCAGAUCAUCUUACUGAAGUUACUGUGUUUGACGAGGAUGAGGUCUUGGGUUUGUGCAACGAUACACAUAAAUGUUAUUGGCGUGGCCAAGAUGACGGGCUCUUUUUCAGCAAUGACAAUUCCUCUUACUCCAAGAGGUAUCUUUGGGAUUGA